AAAUAAAAUCAAUGAAUUCCAGUGGGCACCCUUAGGUUUGUUGUAAAGGCGAACGUACAGAGGAAAGGCCCGUUCAAGACCCGUCCGUUCAAAGUCCAAAACUCCAAAAAGUCGUCUCCUCCACCAUUCCAUUGGCGUUGAAAAAGUUCGCCAAUUUAAUAAUCGAUUGAACGCCAACCCACUGUUUUCUGAUUUUUUUUAUCAGCUCCAUAAAAACCCCCAUUUGCGUUUCUUCAAUCUCCUACAUCCAGACUCAAAUCUUGACGGAAAAUUUUCUCUUCAUUUUCUGUCAGAUUCUGCAUUCGACCUCUAUUUUCUCAUGGAUUCGCGAUAUUUUCUCGCAAUUUCUCUAUGUUUCCUUUGCUUUUUCCCUGAUUUAUCCCUUUCAGUCCCAAGAUGGCUGGGUGAAAAGAAAAAGGAGGAUUCGCUGAUCAGAAUGAAGAGAGGUGCAUCCUCUGUUACCUUCAAUCCCACUCGGGUCACUCAGCUUUCUUGGCGUCCCAGGGCUUUUCUCUAUAAGGGAUUUCUAUCUGAGGAGGAGUGUGACCAUCUAAUUAUUCUGGCGAAGGACAAGCUAGAGAAGUCGAUGGUGGCUGAUAAUGAUUCGGGUAAGAGUAUAAUGAGCGAAGUCCGAACGAGCUCUGGAAUGUUCCUUCAGAAGGCUCAGGAUGAAAUAGUUGCCAACAUUGAGGAGAGAAUUGCUGCAUGGACCUUCCUUCCAAAAGAAAAUGGCGAGUCCAUGCAAAUACUGCACUAUGAGCAUGGUCAGAAGUAUGAACCACACUUCGAUUAUUUUCAUGACAAGGCUAAUCAAGAAUUGGGUGGCCACCGGGUUGCAACUGUAUUAAUGUAUUUGUCUAAUGUUGAGAAGGGUGGGGAAACAAUCUUUCCCAACGCAGAGGCGAAAAUGUCUCAACCAAAAGACGAUAACUUCUCUGAAUGUGCUAAACAAGGAUAUGCAGUGAAACCUGAGAAGGGUGAUGCUUUGCUGUUCUUUAGCCUUCAUCCUGAUGCUACUACUGAUACAAACAGCUUGCAUGGUAGCUGCCCUGUCAUAGAAGGAGAGAAGUGGUCUGCCACCAAGUGGAUUCAUGUGAGGUCCUUCGAUAGGACAGGAAAGCGAUCUAAAAUGGGAGAAUGCACGGAUGAGAAUGUGAACUGCGCGAAAUGGGCCAAGGCUGGUGAGUGCAAAAAGAACCCCAAUUACAUGGUGGGUACUGAUGAAUUGCCUGGAUUUUGCAGGAAGAGCUGCAAUAAGUGUUAAUCCUAGGGAAGCCAAUUGGUCGUUCUUCUCUUCUUUUUUUCACUUAUGUUGGCUUCACACAGGUGAACUGUUUGUCCUCAAAUUGUUGUAUAUAACGUUAUUGAACUGUUCUAUAUUAGAGCUGCCUAUAUCAAAACUGUAUUGGUGAAUUCAAAUUUUUGCACUCCCAACAGUCACAUUAUAAAGCUAUAUUUUAAAUUA